AUGGCGAUGCAGUCAUUAUUGAAGCAGACCAGAAAGCAGUGCAUCAGGGCCGUGGCUAUUCACACCUGUGCCUUCACCAUGCCCCCCAUGACCGGGAUUCACGGGAAAACAGAUGGAGCCAUCAUGGAAAAACGCUGCGCGCUGCUUUCCGAGCUGCCUGAUGGGAAGGAGGCGUUUUGCUGGAAAUGUCAUUCCAGCGAUCCUACAGUCGCGAUAGUAUCACUACCCUCAUCACCAUUACCAUCAACACUGCCGCCAUCUCUACCACCAUUACCAUCACCACCACCAUCAUUACCAUCAACAUCACCACCACCAUCAACAUCACUAUCACCAUUACCAUCACCACCACCACUGCCUGGGUUUCGGAGGCUUGCCCCUGGGCCUGUGGUGGUGGUGGUGGUGGUUGUUUGUGAAAGCUCCACCCCGGACAUUGAGUGUGACUUCACCGAGCACCACACAGCCUGGAGAAUAAGAGCUCUGCAAACCAGGGCUGGACCUGGAGCAGGCCAGACACGAGAGGACACAGCUGGAGGAAGGCCAGAUCCAAGUGGGGGCCGUGACGCGGGACCGGAGUGGGCUGUGGAUUCGCCUGGAGCGCACAGGGCCCUCUGCGGCGUCUGGGCCGUGGCAGUGUGCAGUGAAAAGCGGGACCCCGGGCCCACGUACCGGGAGGGCUGA